AUGAACGGGUUUCAGCUGUCGCUGAUCGUGGUGCUGUGCGGCACGGUAGGAGUCGCUCGUGGUCAAGAAUUAACGGCUUCCUUUAAUUUUGCGGAUGGCAUCGCGGACGCACGUUGCCCAAGUAAUGACAACCCAAUGAACCCGAUGCUGCUGGCGGUGCCGAGCGAUUGUAGCAAGUUUCAGAAGUGCUACAAUGGGCGUGCGUUCACGAUCAGCUGUCCGGCGGGUCAGGAGUUCGGUGUACACAUCCAGCGCUGCGAUUACCCGAUGUUCGCUCAGUGCCGCCAGGGGUUCGUGCAGCCGCAGCCGGCUGCGUUCCGCUACGAGGAAGGUAGCAGCGAUACACGCUGUCCCCGAUUCGACGAUCCUUUCAAUCCGAAACAUCUGGCACACCCGACCGACUGUCGCCGGUUCUACAAGUGUUUCGAUGGGCUCGCUUUUGAGCUGCAGUGCCCUAUGGGUCAGGAAUGGGGCAAGGAGCUGAAUCGGUGCGACUAUCCGACGUUGGCGCGCUGCUCCGUCGGUCGCCAGGAUCGUCCCGAUGUCGCUCAAGAGUCCGAUGAUCUAUCCGCGAGUGUCGAGUUGCCAGAGCAGGGGGAGAUAGUGGACGCCACUCUGAAGAAGGAGUACGUCCAGCCGGCCAAGGCGGAGUUCACCUACAAUGCCGGUGUGUAUGAUGUGCGCUGCCCGAAGUAUGACGAUCCCUACCGUCCGAUCCACCUCUCGCAUCCGGGCGAUUGCCGCAAGUUCCUGAAGUGUUUCGAUGGACGCGCGUACACCAUCGAUUGCCCGCCUGGUCAGGAGUUCGGCAUGCGUAUUAACCGCUGCGACUAUCCUCAGUUUGCCCAGUGUUCGGCACCGAAAGCCCGCAAGAGCCUACGCAAAGCGGCGGAACCGGCGUACGAUGACAGCUACUACUACUACGACGAGGAUGAGUUUGGAAGCGAUGUGCCGCUGGAUUCGGCCGAAUGGACGCCAGAGCAGCGGGAGAUGAUUGCCGGGAUAUCGGACACACGCUGCCCGGAGAAGGACGAUCCGGCAGAACCGCUCCACUUCAUCCACCCGCGUGACUGCGGUAAAUUCUACAAGUGCUACUCGGGACGUGCCUACCUGAUCAACUGUCCGAUCGGGCAGCACUGGAGUGUGCGGUACGAUCGGUGCGACUACCCGAAGGUGGCCAAAUGUACGAUCCGAGGCAGCUAA